AGUCGGAAUUCCUAGGUGUUCCCCACAGUAAACUGGUAGAUCGAUAAACAAUUUUUCCAAACAAAUGCCUAACUGCGGUAUCUAACAUGGUUCAAAUUACGGAAGAUUUAAUAAGAAAAAGGGCGGAACAUAAUGAAUGUUGCCUGUCAAAUUUAGAAGAAGUCUCUUUACAUCAACAAGAUAUAGAAAAGAUAGAACAUAUAGACAAAUGGUGUAGAGAAUUAAAAAUUUUGUAUCUUCAAAGUAAUCUUAUUCCAAAAAUUGAAAAUGUUGGAAGAUUAAAGAAAUUACAAUAUUUAAAUUUAGCUUUAAAUAACGUUGAAAGAAUUGAGAAUUUAGAAGGUUGUGAAGAUUUACAAAAAUUAGAUUUAACUGUGAAUUUUAUUGGAGAACUUACAAGCAUAGAAGGUUUAAAGAAAAAUAUUCACUUAAAAGAAAUGUACUUAACCGGUAAUCCAUGUACAGAAUAUCACGGAUAUAGAGAAUAUGUUGUUGGAACACUAACACAAUUGAAAACCUUAGAUGGAAUUGCAAUCGAAAAAUCUGAAAGAAUUUUGGCCUUACAAAAUCUACAGCAAACGAAAAGUGGUAUAAUAGAGCAACAAAGAAUUUAUCAAAAGAAGAGAGAAAAAGAAAAAAAUAAGAAGAAGAAGCCUAAUACAGAUUGGUAUACAGAUAUUGAUAAUGCUCAUCUUUCAAGACAAGACGAGGAGGAGGAUGAAGGAGUGCAAAUUGAGGAAUUAGACGACGAGGAAUUUCAUAAGAAGGAAGAAGAGUUUUGGAAUGAAAAAGUACCCUUUACUCCAGAGUCAAGAGUUCGAGUUCACGAACAUAUGAAAAGUGUUAAGAAGAGAGAUGAAAAGAGAAGUCAAAAUGAUCAGGAAGAAAAGCGAGAAAAAAGAUUAACAGCUGAAGAUGGACGUAUUUUAAAUGUUAAUGAUGCUAAAGUGGAAUUUUCACUAAUCGAUGAUGAAGAAAACAAUCAAUUUUUAUUAGAUGUAGCCGUUUUCAAGUACAUGGAUACAUCGCUUUGUGAUGUAGAUGUUCAACCAAACUACGUCAAAGUUACUUUGAAAGGUCGAGUUCUACAACUCGUUUUAACCGAAGAAGUCAAGCCUGAUUCAUCGUCUGCCAAGAGGUCCCAAACAACCGGCCAUCUGCUUAUAACUAUGCCUAAAGUUAAUGGAAUUGUCAAACCGAAAGUAAAGAAAGACAAGAAUACAAGAAAUAAUAAGAAAGAGGAAAAACCGAAAACUUCUCAAUUUCUAGAGUUCGAAGAGAAGAAACUUUUGGAUUAUAAGAAUAUUGUGAACUCUGCCAAAGACAUACCGAAAGCUGCAAAACAAGUAGAAAUAAUAGAAAGGGAAAAUAGCGAAACUUUUGUUGACGAUCCUGAUGUACCACCGUUAAUAUAAAACUACAGAUUUGAUAUUAGAAAAUUAUAAGUAAAAAUAAAUUCAAAGUUUUUUUUCUGUUCAAAUGCUUGAUGAUAAUUUUUGUUUAAUGUAAAAUAAAUGGAGUAAAAUUGUCUUAGAACAUAUGGUACAAGACUCUGAAAAUCAAUAGUUCUAAGUCUUACAAAAUUGUCCAAGUUGAGCAUGUAAAUUACGAAGUUUCCUCAAAUUUCGAUCGUCAGCCCGAGAAUGUAGAGAAGCCCGUUGCAGUUCAGAAAGACAUAAUUCCAAUUUUUCCACGAUUGAAUCAUAAAUAUUGAAUCUCAUUUUCUUUGCCUAUUCGUGAAUAUAAAUGCUUUUUUGUAUUUUUUUGCUAGAAAUGACAAAGUGUUAUUCCAAUAAUGAUCGAGUAUCUGGAAUGGAUUGAGGGUGAUUGAUUGCAUGAUUGUUCUUAAUCGUGACGUGCGUGCUCGAAAGAAGGAUAGAUAUACUAUCAAUCAUGUACUAUUUUAGCCCUUGUGCAUUUUUUUUCGCAAAUUUUUUUUUAGAUUAGGUCUUUUUACCAAAAGAUUUAAUAACUUAUAACGUCCUUGAAAUAUUAUUAAAAAUUCCAUAGAUAAGAAACAGGAAUGACUUUUCUAACUUCAAUUACAAUGGCUUUUGACCUUAACUUGUUUCUGAUAAUAGAAUCACGUCCGGUGAAUAAUUCUCAGUCAGGAUAAAGUGUUAAUGAUAAAAUUAUAAUAAAAUAAUGACUUUUUUAGUCAAAUUCAGUCUACUUUAAGGCAAUUAAAGGCUAUAGUAAGCCAUACAAAUUGCUACUUUCAACCCUUAAGC